AUGCAGCAACAACAGCAACAACAACAGCAGCAGCAGCAAACGACCCUAGGCUUUGACGUCUCUGGCGUGGACCAGAAGACACUGACGCUCUCCAAUUUGACGCUUUCCGGGGCGACCCAUCAGGCGAAUGCCCAGCAGUAUGGCUUCAUUCCGGCGACCACCCAGGGCUACGGGCACCUCCAGCCGGAGCACCUGAUGACGAACAACUACGGUGCACUGAACCACCUUCAGCCGACGAUCAUCUACGUGCAGACGCAAAAUGGACAGCAGGCGGCGGUGCAGCUCUCGGCAAAUGACAUGAACGCCCUCAAUCUCAAUCAGAUCAUCGGCUAUGCGGACAUCAACGGCCAGCUGACCAUGGCGUCCACCGGACAUCCGCAGGUGCAGAACCUCAGCGCGGCCUCCUUCACCACGACGGCCACUGCCGCGGGACAGCAACAACAGCAGCAGCAAAAUGGCGGCGGUCAGCAGCAGCUGCAUGAGGCAAACGGACUGACGAGCAUCUGUCUGGACGGCAGUGGCAACGCCGGCGCCGGCACCACCCUCACCUUCGUCACCGACCCCAAUGGCCAGCAGGUGGUGACCCACGGAGGACACCAGGUGGUGAACGCCAACGGGCAGCCACUGUACAAGUGCGACGUGCCGAUGUGCUACUUCCAGUCGGACCAGUUUGACGCCGUUCUCCUGCACAAGCACCGAGAGCAUGGCACCCUGGCCACGCAUGGCACCGCAGGCGCCCCCGGCCAGCAGCAGCAGAUUACCAUCAUCAACGCCGGGGCGCUGACGGCGAUGCCGCAGGUGUCGCAGCACCAGCUGGUCUCCCACAGCGCCCACCAGCAGCAGAUGACGUCGACGAAUGCCACUACAAACGUGGUCUCUUCCUCCGCCCUCUACGCCAUGACUCCCUCGGUGACGACGACCAACUUUGUGCAGGGCAUCGACUACGGCAGCAUGGCCACGGCCACCACCACAGCGAACCAGGUGAACAGCAAUGGCGGCGGCGGCGGUAGUAGCAUGGCUAGCCAGCAUCUCCCCAGUAGCAACCCCAGUAGCAUGACCAACGGCGUCUUAGCGACACAGCAGCAGCAGCAGCAGCAAUUGAGUAGCACUACUAAUCUCAGCAACGGCGGCAACGGUGGCAUGAUCUUUACCGGUGACCCGAACGCGCUCUUUUUCAGUGUUCUCGGCUCUGAGCAUCACCAGCUUCAGCAGCAGCAGCAUCAGCUCAAUGGCAUGCUCUCCGCAGUGUCAGGGGCGGCCACCACGGCCACCUCGACGGCCUCGCUGGUGGCGGCGGCGGUGGCCAGCGCCGGUCUCGUGGACGUCUCCUCUGCGAGCAAGUAG